AUGCAGGCAGAUAAUGUCAAAUUGGCAGUUGGAUCUGCUGUUUGGGUAGAGGAUCCUGAGGUAGCUUGGAUAGAUGGAGAAGUAGUCGGAGUUAAUGGUGAAGAGGUCGAAAUUAACUGUACAUCAGGGAAAACAGUUGUGGCCAAAAUAUCCAAUGUUCACCCAAAGGAUCCAGAGUUUCCUGAACAUGGUGUAGACGAUAUGACAAAGUUGGCUUAUCUGCAUGAACCAGGGGUUCUGCAGAACUUGAGCUGUCGAUAUAAUUUAAAUGAAAUAUAUACUUACACAGGUAGUAUAUUGAUAGCAGUAAACCCUUUCCAGAGACUACCUCAUUUAUAUGAUAAUUCCAUGAUGAAAAAGUAUAGAGGAGUGGCUUUAGGUGAACUGAACCCACAUCCUUUUGCUAUCGCUGAUUCUGCAUACAGGCAGAUGAUUAAUGAGGGAAUAAGCCAGGCAAUUUUGGUCAGUGGAGAAAGUGGCGCUGGAAAAACAGAAAGUACAAAGAUGCUUAUGCAAUAUCUUGCCUAUAUGGGUGGAAGAUCUGCAUCGGAAGGGCGGUCUGUAGAGCAACAAGUCUUAGAGUCCAACCCUGUUCUUGAAGCGUUUGGUAAUGCAAAGACUGUCAGAAAUAAUAAUUCAAGUCGGUUUGGUAAGUUCGUUGAGCUUCAGUUUGAUAAAAGGGGAAGAAUCUCAGGAGCCGCCAUCAGGACUUAUUUAUUGGAAAGGUCACGCGUUUGUCAAGUAUCUGAUCCUGAGAGAAAUUACCAUUGCUUUUACAUGCUCUGUGCUGCACCGAAAGAGGAUGUUGAGAGGUACAAAUUGGGAAAUCCAAAAUCAUUUCAUUAUUUAAAUCAGUCAAACUGCUAUAAGCUGGAUGGCGUGGAUGAUUCUAAGGAGUACCUCACAACUAGGAAAGCUAUGGAUGUUGUUGGGAUCAGCCAAGAUGAGCAGGAUGCCAUAUUUCGAGUAGUAGCUGCCGUACUCCAUUUAGGCAAUAUUGAGUUUGCGAAGGGUGCAGAGGCUGAUUCUUCUGAACCAAAGGAUGACAGAUCUUGGUCCCAUCUCAAAACAGUUGCUGAACUCCUCAAGUGUGAUGAGAAAUCACUUGAGGAUUCUCUUUGCAAACGUGUCAUGGUAACGCGUGAUGAGACCAUAACAAAAUGGUUAGAUCCAGGCACUGCAGCCACCAAUAGAGAUGCUUUGGCCAAAAUUGUUUAUUCAAGAUUAUUUGAUUGGCUUGUGAACAAGAUUAAUAACUCCAUUGGUCAAGAUCCAGAUUCGAAACAUUUGAUUGGAGUUCUGGAUAUUUAUGGAUUUGAGAGUUUCAAGACAAACAGCUUUGAGCAAUUUUGUAUCAAUUUGACAAAUGAAAAAUUGCAGCAACAUUUUAACCAGCAUGUGUUCAAGAUGGAACAAGAAGAAUAUACUAAAGAAGAAAUUGAUUGGAGUUACAUAGAGUUCAUAGAUAAUCAGGAUAUUCUUGAUCUCAUUGAAAAGAAACCUGGUGGCAUCAUUGCUCUUCUAGAUGAGGCUUGCAUGUUCCCAAGAUCUACACAUGAGACGUUUUCACAGAAGCUUUAUCAAACUUUUAAGGACCAUAAACGUUUUAGAAAGCCAAAGUUGUCACCCACUGACUUCACCAUAUGUCAUUAUGCUGGUGAUGUUACGUAUCAAACAGAGUACUUCAUAGAUAAGAACAAAGAUUAUGUUGUUGCUGAGCAUCAAGCGCUCCUGAGUGCAUCAGACUGCCCUUUUGUUUCGGGCUUGUUCCCUCCUUUACCAGAAGAUUCUGCUAAGUCAUCAAAAUUCUCAUCAAUAGGUUCUCAAUUCAAGCAACAACUGCAAUCUUUGCUCGAAACACUAAGUUCCAUUGAGCCUCACUACAUACGUUGUGUGAAGCCAAACAAUCAACUUAAGCCAGCCAUUUUUGAGAAUAAUAAUGUUUUGAAUCAGCUUAGCUGUGGGGGAGUUAUGGAGGCAAUUAGGAUUAGUUGUGCUGGAUUUCCCACUAGAAAGACAUUCGCUGAAUUUGCCUCUCGUUUUGGCAUCCUCGCACCUGAGGUUCUAAAAGGAAGUUUGGAUGAGGUCGCCGCAUGCCAGAAGCUCUUACAGAAGGUUAACCUCCAGGGAUAUCAGAUUGGCAAAACGAAAGUGUUUCUCAGAGCUGGCCAGAUGGCAGAACUAGAUGCUUAUCGAGCUGAGGUCUUAGGAAAAUCGGCACGUGUUAUCCAGAAUAAGAUACGCUCAUAUGUGUGUCGUAAAGUAUAUAUCCGGUUGCGGUUGUCUGCCAUUGAAAUCCAAGCCGUGUGUAGAGGACACGUUGGACGGCAUCGAUAUGAAAACUUGAGAAGGGAAGUUGCUUCUGUGAAGAUCCAGAAAUACGGUCGCAGAUAUGUUCAAAAGAAUGCUUAUAGAAGUGCAUGGUCUUCAGCUGUGUCUAUUCAAACUGCUAUGCGCGGUUGGGCUGCUCAUAAUGAGCUUAUAUUCAGGAGGAGAACAACAGCUGCAGUUGUUAUACAGAGUCAAGGACGGCAAUACUUGGGUCGUACUCGAUAUUUGAAUAUGAAAAAAGUAGCACUCGCCACACAAUGUGCCAUAAGACAAGAAGCUGCUCGCAAGAUGCUGCUGAAGCUUAGAAUGGAGGCAAAAGAAACUGGUGCUCUCCAAGAAGCAAAAACUAAGUUGGAAAAGGAAGUUGAAGAGCUAAAAACGGAAAAUACAAAACUGCAGUCUGCUUUAGAGGAGAUGGAACUCAAAUUGCAGGCUGCGUCAAAAGGUGGUGAAGCUCCUGUUAUGCAGGAGGUUUCAGUAGUUGAUCAUGAAAUGAUCAAGAAGCUUACUGCUGAGAAUGAGCAGCUCAAGGCGUUGGUAAAUUCACUGGAGAAGAAGAUUGAGGAAACAAGCAGGCUUAGUGAAGAAAGAUUGAAUCAGGCUACAGUGGCAGAGUCUAAGAUAAUUGAAUUGAAGACUACCAUGCAGAGACUCGAGGAGAAACUCUCUGACAUUCAAACCGAGGACCGAGUUUUACGGCAGCAUUCGUUGCGCAUGUCACCUUCUCAAAAGACAUCUGAACAGUUAGCAGCCGCAACAGCUCAGGUAGACAUGGAACCAUCAAAAAAAUUUGGCUCAGAGUCUUUCAGGAGAUCGCAAAUUGAAAGGCAACAUGAGAGUGUUGAUGCUCUGAUGAAAUGUGUAACAAGUGAUGAUCUGGGAUUCAGUGAAGGAAAGCCAGUUGCAGCAAUUACUAUAUACAAAUGUCUUGUUCACUGGAAGUCAUUUGAAGCCGAAAAAACUAGUGUAUUUGACCGGCUUAUUCAGAUAAUUGGCUCAGCAAUAGAGGACCAGGAUAACAGAACUCAUAUGGCUUAUUGGCUAUCUAAUACAUCCAUAUUGCUGUACCUUCUCCAACGAAGUUUCAGAACUUCAAAAAAGCCUCCUAUUCCGACAUCAUUUUUUGGAAGGAUGGCCUCGGGAUUUCGAUCUUCUUCUGCCAAUCUUUCUGUUGGUGAUUCUGAUCUUGUGCGCCUGGUUGAAGCCAAGUAUCCAGCUUUGCUUUUCAAGCAGCAACUUACAGCAUAUGUAGAAAAGAUAUAUGGAAUUAUCCGAGACAAUUUGAAGAAGGAAUUAUUUCUUCAGCUUUCUUCUUGUGUGCAGGCCCCCAAAACAUCAAAAGAUAGUGAUGUGAAACCACCAGAAGGGUCCGACAGUAAUUCUUCAGCUAAUCCUUGGAAUGCUGUUGUUGCGAGUCUUGAUGGCUUUCUCUCUACAAUGAAAGAAAAUUGUGUGCCUCAAGUUCUCGUGCAGAAGAUACUUACUCAAAAUUUCUCAUAUAUCAAUGUACAGAUUUUCAAUAGCCUCCUCCUUCAGAAAGAGUUCUGCACAUUCAGCAACGGGCAUUAUGUGAAGAAUGGGUUAGCUGAGUUGGAACUGUGGUGUAACCUAGCAAAGGAAGAGUAUGCUGGCUCAUCAUGGGAUGAACUCAAAUAUCUUAGGCAGGCUGUAGGAUUCCUGGUGCUGCAUGAAAAGUCUAGAAUCUCCUACGAUGAACUCACAAAUGACCUGUGCCCUGUCUUGAGUGUUCAGCAGCUUCAUAGAAUAUGUACGUUGUUUUGGGAUGAUGUUGACAAUGAACCAAGUGUAUCCCCUGAUGUCAUUUCCAGCAUGAGUUUCCUAAUGACAGAUGAUUCCAGCAAUGAUGAUAGCAACAAUUAUUCGUUGGAUGAUACUUCAAGCAUUCCCUAUUCAGUUGAUGAUCUAUCUAGUACCAUGCGCGACCAGACAUUUCCAGAUAUAAAACCUCCUGCCGAGCUUUUGGAGAAUUCAGCCUUCCAAUUUUUACAAGAGUAAGGCUGCUAUAUCUAUACAGUUCACUUUUUCUCACCGUGCCUGGUGCACAUUUUGGCAAUGAGUCAACCGAAACUCCAACUCUUUCA